AUGGCCUUCAGGAGGCAAGUGAAAAACUUCGUGAAAAAUUACUCAGAUGCUGAAAUAAAAGUCAGGGAAGCAACUUCUAAUGACCCAUGGGGUCCCUCUAGCUCUCUGAUGUUAGAUAUCAGUGACUUGACUUUCAACACAGCUUCUCUCUCAGAGAUUAUGAAUAUGCUAUGGCAGAGACUCAAUGACCAUGGGAAAAACUGGCGCCAUGUGUAUAAAUCCCUUACACUGAUGGAUUAUCUCAUCAAGAAUGGAUCAAAGAGAGUCAUUCAGCAUUGCAGAGAGGGCUUCCGUAAUCUUCAGACACUAAAAGAUUUUCAACACAUAGAUGAAGGUGGAAAAGACCAAGGUUACUAUAUCCGGGAAAAGUCUAAGCAAGUCAUAACUCUGCUGAUGGAUGAACAGUUGCUGUAUAAAGAGAGGGAAGUGGCAUGUCGGACUAGAUGGCGUACCUCCUACUCUGUGACAUUUCCUAAAAGAUUACCUGGUACAGGUAACUCACCAACAGCAUGUGCUUCUGUCCCUGCACCAGAAAUUCCUGCCUCAGAGAAGCAGCAAAAACUUCUUAAGUUUGCAAGGCUACGUCACAAAAAAAACACUUCCAAGGCAGGAUUGGAAUAUGAACAGUGUCCAGACAUUCAGUUGUUUACUGGAACUGUGUUGUCCCAGGAAACACUACCACUCAAGAUUAAUGCUUGGAAAUCGACAGAGGACCUGAUGCUGUUCUAUGAUGAUGAUCCAAAGCCACUUUUACCAGAGGUACCUCCUCCCGUUUCCGCUGCAGCUACAUGGGUGUCAGAAGGGGGAGCAGAAGUUUGUAAUCCCUCGGAGGCAGAUGCUGUGCCUUCUGCCUCAGAAAAAAGCCCAUCUCUACAGACAAGUAUGAGUUUGGACAAGAAAUCAGAUAGUACCAUUACAAAUACUGUAAAAGAAAAACCCUUGCAAACACCUGUAGAAAAGCAGCCACCUGUAAAAAGUUUUGAAACAUUGCCAACUUUACCAGUAUUUUGUUCAUCAAGAAAAGAGGAGUUUAACAGCUCCAAUUUAAGGAUAUCAAAAUCAGAUUCUACUUUCUAUAACCAGGCCUCUGUAGAGACACUGUAUGUCUCUCCCUCAUUCAAAACAUUUGACCCAGUGAAGGAGAUUGUAAUCAAUAAAGACCCUCAGAAACCAACACAAUCCAGCAUUGUUCAGAUCGAUGAUGAAAACCUCAAGAUUGUAACCACAUGGGUUUCAACUGCCUCUGCGGGAACAUCUUCCUUUUCUACUUUCUCCACGUCAUCUCCUGAUUCAGCCUCUGCAGAGAAGUCAGUCCAUCUCCUACCCUCGACUUUGGCCAGACCUCCCUUCUGGACUUUGUCCCAUCUACAGUCAUCUUUCACUUCCUUUAAAGAUACAGACAAGACUGCCAAGGUUUACCACCCCCUUGCUCCUAGGGGCCCAAUGUCUUGUGAUGAAAAGGAAAAUGACAACCUCAAUCUACUGGAAAUUCUCCCAGGUAACUCUAAUUCCACUAAAAAGAAGAUAAGUCAUAUUUCCAACAGUAAUCGUGUUGAGUUUUCUACCCCAAAUGUAAACCACUUCACCUCUCCAUCCUGUUCUAGUGUUCAGACAACUAAAGGCUUGCCUAGAGAACCUGAAACAAACGAUUCCAUUAAAGUUCUUCUAGGGGAGGUAAAAAAUGGGAUAGUUAAAUUACAUGAGGAUCUGAGCAUGGUGAUCCAAGAACUUAGUGUCCUCAGCAGUCAUCUGGUGAGCAUGAGGGGGAAGAGUCCACAAAUGAGCACAUCUUCGCAGGUCCCCCGGUCUCCUGAGGGGAGCUUGGAUCACAUCUCACCUCAGUAG